AUGGAUAAUAUCAUGGAUAAAAAAAUAGUAAUUGACAUUGGAUCAUAUUAUAUUAAGGUUGGAUAUUCAAAUGAAGAUAGGCCAAGACUUAUAGUACCUUCAACCAUUGGUAGACCAAGAUUUUUGGAUCUAAGUAGGGAUUUAUGUGAUAAACCCCAUUACAUUGGCAGUGAAGCAAUUUCAAAAAAAGGAAUAUUAGCACUAAAAUACCCAAUAGAGUAUGGAGUUGUUUCAAAUUGGGAUGAUAUGGAAAAAAUUUUGGUUUAUAUUUUUAACGAACUUAAUGUUAAUACAGAGGAAUACUCAGUUAUCAUCGCACAGUCACCAAUAGAUACAAAUAAAAAUAAAGAAGAAAUAACUAAAGUUAUGUUUGAAACAUUUAAUGUACAAAAUUUAUAUAUAGGCAUACAGCAAGAGUUAACACUAAAAUCAAUAGGUUUAAAAACAGGACUUGUUGUCGAUUCGGGUGAUAGCUCAACACUUAUAGUACCUGUUAUAGAUGGUGUUGUAGAAAGAAAUUCAGUCGUAUUAUUGAAAAUAGGUGGAAGAGAUAUUACAGAUUAUUUAUUUAAAUUGUUAAAUGAAAAUGGAAAUAAAAUCUAUCAGUAUGAUAAGAACAUUGUAAGUCAAGUAAAGGAAAACUUUGGUUUUAUUUCUUUAGAUUGUUACAAUGAACAACAACAGGAAGAAAAGGAAUAUCAAUUACCUGCUGGUAAAAUGAUUAAUUUUACUAAUGAAGUUUUUAAAGCACCAGAAUUAAUUUUUAAUCCAUCUCUUCAUCAAAUCCCCAUGGACUCUAUUGACAGAUUAAUUUAUGAAACAAUAAUGAAAUUUAAUAAAAAAGAAAUUCAAAAAGAUUUAUUCAGUAACAUAGUUUUAACAGGUGGAAACACUAAAUUCAAAGGUUUUAAAGAGCGUUUAGAAAAGGAGAUGCAUAAUGUAUUAUCGUCCAAUGAAGGUGAAUGUGUAACCAUUAAAAUUACAUCAACAUCAGAACCACUCUACUCCUCAUGGUUAGGUUGUUCGUUAAUUGAAACAUCUCACUAUAAUUCAAAAAAUUACUCAAGAUUCGAAUAUGACAAAGUUGGGCCCUCCAUAAUAUAUUCAAAAUAA